AUCGGGAUCCUUGUCCAACAGGUGUGUUUGAGCUUUAUCAUGUCUGCGCCCAUGAGCGUUGCUAACGCCGCGGUAAACGGCGAUGUUACGCUCUUGAAGCAAAUUCUGAGGCAGGGUGCAAAUGUCAAUGAGAGAUCCAAAGAUGGUAUGACCCCACUUGCUCUGGCUGCUUUCUGGGGAUAUGCAGAUGUAGUGGAAUGUCUUAUGCAACAAGGAGCAAAUGUAGAUGCUUGCAAUAAAGGAACACAGUGGACUGCCCUACACUGUGCAGCAUUCCAAGGCCAUGGGAAAGUUAUCAUGAAACUAAUGGAGCAUAAUCCUAAUGUUGAACUGAAAGACAACCAGGGCAGAACAGCUGUUGACUUUGCAUCAGCAUUGGAUGCAAUAUGGCCAUUUUUUGCAGCUGCUGGUUGCAAAAGAACCACAAAGUCUGAUUUGAUAAGAAUGGACAUUGUGAAAAGGGUUACACAUGUGGAUCCAACACUUCCCAAAUCAGAAAUUGCGCAUUUCUCUCGUCCCGGCUCAGCCUACGUAAUUAAAUCACAACCAUUACACGGAAACAGUCCUAUGGAUACUAACAUGACUGUGGCCUCAAUGAACGGAGAUGUGUUAGCGGGACUUCCUGAGGAACCAGAGGUUCCUAGUUCAAGGACACCGCAAAUUAAUCUAAGCAUGCUCAACAACUUUUGACAAUUUUUGUGUUGGAUUUAAGCUUGUGAUCAGAUACCAUUAAGAGUUUAUUUCUGAAUUACCAUAAUUACAGUACAGGGAUCUAUUUCUGAUGCAUGAAUCAGCAUAAAGCAUAGUAAGCAUAUAGGGAAAAUUAGCAUAAACAUCAGCAUUUAACAAAUAAGCAAUGUGUUUCAGCAUUUACAUGUACAGUGUAGCCUCAUAAAUUUAUCUGGAUACUUUGGUUCCCAGCAAAAUUGUCCAGAUAAGUGAAGUGUCCAGAUAUCUGGAUUGCCCUGAUUUUUUAUAUACAUGUAUAUAUAAGAAAUAGGUCCCUUCAAUGUACUAGUGAAUGCUUCAAAACAGGCAAAAUAUUCAAAGGAUUUGGUGUAGAUUAGAAUUGAUUAAUUCACGUUGUGCUGAAUUGCUUUCUUGUACGUUUAUUUAUUUGUGGAGAUGUUGUUUUUCUCUUCUCUGUGUACACAGUAGAAUUUGUGUACAUUUAAUGUAUGUUGAUGCUCAGAAAUAACUACAUUUAUACAUGUACUAGUGCAUUACUUUGGAUGUUUUGAGGCAUAAGAUUAGUAUAUACAUAUACUUUGUAACAAAGUCUUUGUUAAAAAUGUGGAUUAGGUAUAUAACUGGGUUUCUACUUCAGGAGUUUUACUUCAAUAAUUUUUGUCAAAAACAUUUUUAUUGCUUUUAAGGUUUCAUGAAAAAUGUCCGUAGAUAAUGAAAGUGAAGCGACUGUCGAAUUAUAUGUACUUGUAGAGAACUAUAUGUACUUGUAGAAAUACUGUUCUUAGCUUGACAUUUACAUGAAAGCUUUCUGACAUAGUGUAGAUUCAAGUUUGCAAAAAUCAUGGCCUCCAGGGGUAGGUUGGGGUCAUAAUAGGGACUAAGGUUUUACAUGCAAAUAUAUAUGGAAAGUCUUCAGAUAUCGGCGAAGGUGACUCAGGUGAGUGAUGUGGCCCAUUGGCCUCUUGUUAUACUUGUGACCUUGACCUCGAAUUUUUACUUACUUUCAAGAAAACUUAACCUUUUCAAUAUCAAACCAAUUCGAUAUCUUCUGAAUUGUUUAAGGUGGAGCUUUAAUAUUUUGUAUAUAGAUUCCUUAUGGUAAGACAUUUCAUUUCAUACUAUAAUCUUUGACCUUGACCUUCACCAGGACAGCAGGUCAUGAUAGUCAUAUUGGUAUUGAGGCAUCCCUUUGUUGUAUGAAUUCAAGUUUGGUUGUGUUGGGCCCACAAUAUGGGGUUGAAAUUUUUCAUGGGAAUAAAGAGUGAAAAAUACAUGUAAAUCUUUUAAAUAUCACAACAGCAGGGCCAUGGCGACUCAGGUGUGCAGUGUGACCCAUGGGUCUCUUGUCCUUUGUACAAUUUAUUUUAUAUUUGCCAGCCUCUGAAUGUUGAAUAAAGGUAGUUAUGGAUUUGUUGGCAGAUUUUCCACUUAUCUAAAUACACAUACACUUCAGCUACAGUUUUUUUCUUGGUUUGAUCUGCCUCUAAUUCAAAAACAAAGAUUUCUUGGAACUUUAAUGUACAGUGUAGAGUCAUUGCAAACAUUGAUGAAUCUGUUGUAUGUAAUAAAAAGUUUGACUGGGUUUGCAUAUAGUUUAGGGUAUGCAAAUUGUUUUGGAUUUUUUAUAGAAUAGCUAGCACCAGGUUGUAUGUAUUAACGUACAUAUAUAUUUUUCAAUAUCACCAGGUUCACAGGGGCUAAGCCCGUUUUGGGCCCGAACUCUGUGAUACCAUAAAUGGUAUCACAGAGUUCGGGCCCAAAACGGGCUUAGCCCCUGUGACCAGGUUAAUUCUUUUACAAUUGUAGGUCUAUAGAAUGUUUCAUAUUAUUUUCUAAUAUUUUGUAUUCACUUUCUGAGCUGAUGGACAACAGUAAAGAGAUCAUAAUCAAUACAUACCACUUAAUUAAUCAAUUGAAUGUAGGAAAUAAUCUAACGAUGACUCUGAUGUAUGGUGUUCAUAUGUUUACACAUAAAAAAUCCAGUUAUUCAUGCAGCAGAGAAAGUGCUGGAUUAAAGCUCUGUGGCACUGGAAAAUCCUUAAAGUUUAUCAUUAUCAAAUAAACCGAAGAACUGAGAAAUCUAGAACUAUUGAAUAUAGGAAAAAGGUAAAUCUGAAAAAUUUGUGCAAAAUUCAUAUGUGAUGCAUUGUCAUCAUACACAUAUUGAUUGGUUGGUUGUAUAUUUUUUGACGUUCCUCUAGAGAAUCUUUCACUCAUAUGGAGACGUUACCAUAACCGGCUGCAAAAUUUAGACAAUGUUCGGUGCUUACGGCCUUUGAACAAGGAGGGAUCUUUAUCGUGCCUCGCCUGUUGUGACACUGGGCCCAAUGUAAUUAAAAUUAGAUCCUGUGAUCCACACAUGAUAUUUUCAGUAACUAUUCUGAGUAACUUGCUAUUUGAUUAUUUUUCUUGAUCUCAGUUUUAGAUUGUGUUCAAAAACUUAAUUAUAAUAUCCAUUAAUUUUAAAAUAAAUGUUUAAUUGUCACAGUGAGUAAUUUAAAUAACACCAUUCUAUUAUCAUUGUUCUUUAAAACCAUGCAGUCCCAGGUUAUCCAUGUAAUUAACACAUGCAGUGUUUUGGAUUAUGUAUGACACUGUGGUUUGAUUCAUUUUUUUAUUUUGUUGCAAAAUUUACUAUGUAUAUUUCAAUGUCUGUUAAAAUAUUUAUAUUUGUAUGAAUUUUUGUUUUUCUAUUUGUCUGCUUUUGAAAAGUACAGUAUACACUAGUAAAAAUUGAUAUUGAUA